ACCUUUUUAAUCUUUUGGCCUAAUCAUUCAUUCCCAUAUUUUUCUUUAAACUAGAAAGUCCAGAAACCAAACAUAAUAUCAUUUCUACUUCAUCAUUAAAAUCUCCCUUUCUAUUCCCAUUUCCCCUCCGUUUCUUUGAAGGCCUUCUUGCAGCAAUGGUUUUGGUUGAUAACCAUGCUGGUAAAGAUGGUGCAGAAAAUGAAAAUCUGGUUGAUUUUAGAGGAAAUCCGGUUGAUAAGUCUCGAACCGGGGGAUGGCUAGCUGCAGGACUCAUCCUAGGAACCGAGCUAUCAGAAAGGGUAUGUGUCAUAGGGAUAGCAAUGAACUUAGUCACAUACUUGGUCGGAGAUUUACAUCUUCCAUCCUCCAAAUCUGCCAACAUUGUCACCAACUUCAUGGGCACACUUAAUCUUCUUGGUCUUCUAGGUGGUUUCCUGGCAGAUGCUAAACUUGGCCGUUAUUUGACUGUUGCAAUCUUUGCUUCAAUUGCUGCUUUGGGAGUAACACUGUUGACAAUGGCAACAACCAUUCGAAGCAUGAUCCCCCCUGCAUGUAACCCAAGAAAACGUGAUCAAUGCAUUGAAGCCAGCGGCCAUCAACUUGCUCUUCUCUAUACGGCACUAUACACCCUAGCUCUUGGUGGCGGUGGAAUCAAGUCAAAUGUUUCCGGGUUUGGGUCAGACCAAUUUGACCCAUCAGAUCCUAAGGAAAACAAGGCCAUGAUAUACUUCUUCAACAGGUUUUAUUUCUGCAUAACCCUUGGUUCUUUGUUUGCAGUGACUGUGUUGGUGUAUUUACAAGACGAUGUAGGAAGAGGAUGGGGAUAUGGAAUAUCAGCAGGCACGAUGGUCCUGGGAGUGGCUGUAUUGAUUGGUGGAAGAACAUUGUAUAGAUUCAAGAAGCCUCAAGGAAGUCCUUUGACUAUCAUAUGGAGGGUUCUGUUCUUGGCUUGGAGGAAGAGAAAGCUUUCCUAUCCUUCUGAUGCUGGCUUUUUGAACGAAUAUCACAACGCAAAAGUCCCACAUACACAUAUGCUGAGGUGUCUUGACAAGGCAGCCAUUCUUGAUGACUAUGCAGCUGAAAAUGAAAACAGGAAGAACCCUUGGAUAGUUUCAACAGUUACAGAAGUUGAAGAAGUGAAAAUGGUGCUUAAACUGAUUCCCAUAUGGUCCACGUCCAUACUUUUUUGGACAGUAUACUCUCAAAUGAAUACCUUCACCAUUGAACAAGCUACCGUCAUGAAUCGGAAUGUCGGCAACUUUGCCAUCCCUGCAGGGUCCUUUUCGGUCGUUCUCUUUAUUAGCAUACUUCUCUUCACUUCCAUGAAUGAAAGGGUCACUGUACGUAUUGCCAGAAAAAUCACUCACAAAAGCCAAGGAAUCACAAGCCUUCAGAGAGUUGGAAUUGGACUAUUACUCGCUACAGCUGGUAUGGUAGCUUCAGCUCUGGUGGAAAGACGAAGGAGGUUACAUGCCAUCCACGACCACUUCAAAAUAAGAGCUUUUUGGUUAGUCCCUCAAUUCUUCAUUGUAGGUGCUGGGGAAGCUUUUGCCUAUGUAGGUCAGCUAGAAUUUUUCAUCAGGGAGGCACCAGAAAGGAUGAAAUCUAUGAGCACAGGCCUAUUUCUCAGCUCAGUCUCAAUGGGAUAUUUCUUGAGUAGCUUGCUAGUGUCCCUUGUACAGGCAGCAACAAAAGGAAGAUGGCUUAAAAGCAAUUUGAACAAAGGAAAGCUGGAUCUCUUCUACUGGAUGCUAGCAGUUCUUGGAGUAAUUAAUUUCUUGAUUUUCAUUUUUUUCUCAAUGAAACACAAAUACAAGGACCAGAACGUUAGCAGUCUUGGGGAUUCGGCAAAAGAGCUCGGAAGCUGGAAGGAUUUGACCCUCGACAACAAGGAAAAGAAACUCGGAGCACAGGAGAAGGAGGAAGCUUAAAUACUUUGUUAAGAUAAUCUGCGUUUUUAAGUUUUUAUAAUCAAAUAGAGCUAAGUACUUCAUUAAGAUGGCGUACCAUAGCAUGUAAGCUUUCAACGAAUCAUUUCUUUCCGGAGUUUGUAUUAUAGGACAAUAUUCAAUUCUUAAAGGCAUCAAUACUAAUUUGCCACUA